AUGCAAGCCCAUUCGAGUGGCUUCGCGUCGCCACUACACAGGAAAAACGUCUCGUUCAAAUUGGGUGAAUCGCGAUCUGCUCUUUGCCCGAGUAGCACCAGCGAUCCAGCCCAAUGCAACCUCCACAUCUCUUCAUCCAAUCUCGCCUCUUUCUCGCCACCGCCGCCAUCACCGCGAGCCGGCGCAGGAUCUUCGCCCUCGAGCGACGAAGUCCUCGCCCGUAGCUUGAUUUCUUCCCUCACGCAGCACCUGCAGCAGCUCUCGCUCUCGCCCAAGCACUUCGCCGCGGCAACGGAUCUGUGCAUCUAUUUGGAGGAAUUCGAAGACGCCUCGGCGGCGUGCAUGGUGCUGCAGGGCCUUGCUCGCAUCUUUGGAGGAGGUGAUGGUGCUGGACAAGAGGGAGGCUCGACAACGCUGCAAUCCUUGGAAUCUAUCGCCUACGCGCUUGGCCCCAAAGCGAAAGAAGAUCGGGACGCCGCCACUACACCGCGAGAAGGCGAAGAGGUCUCCUUCUGCGUGAAGAAGCUUUGCAUCCUGGCUUCGUUCCCGUUGACCGCCCAGACCGGUGGACACCUCUCGCUGUUGCUUGCGGCCCUGCCCAAGCUAGACAGCCUCGACGUCAUGAGCGUGCGCACGUGUGGCGCGACGCUCACAUCACUCGUGUUAGAUCGCUUCCGGCUCACCGACGCCGACCUGCACCUGGCCAUGAUCAAGCUGCCACAAACCACCCGUCGGCUGCAAACGCUGAGCUUCAAGAACAACGAGUUUGGCCCCGCUUCGAUCAAAGCCGCAUCGGGAUGGCGCGGAGAAGGCGUGGAACAGCUGGCAAGCGUGGUGGCCAGCGGAGCGCAGAUGAGCCUGCUCUCGGUGCUGAAUCUCUCCGACAAUCGGCUGAGCGAUGAGGCUCUGGUGCUGCUCUCCAAGGGUAUCUCACAAACGGGCUGUCGCCUUACUGACCUCGAUCUCAGUCGCAACAACUUUGGCCGAGAGGGUGCGCGAGCGUUGGGCAGGGCACUGUUGACCAACCGAACAAUUGCGUCGCUGAACCUGUCGAGCGUUAACAAUCACGAGCGGGGAUGGCAUCAAGGAGUCGACGACAUCGCGCACGCGCUCAGCGUGAACGAGACUCUGCGAUACUUGAACCUGUCGCGCAACAAGCUGCCUUCGACUGUCGCCGGUCACCUCGCGUUAGCCCUCGGGAACAACAACUGCCUGACGUCACUGGACGUGAGCUGCAACCGUCUGGGCCUCGAGGGAAUCGAGCAGCUGGCUACCGCGCUUCGGUCCAACCACUCGAUCGUCUGUCUCGACCUGCGAAACAACACAAGAGAGGCCGCCAAGGAGGACAAAGAGAGCGGCCGCGAGGAGCGAAUUCUGAUGGACGUCCUGCGCGAGAACAUUACACUCGGGCAGCUGCACUACGGCGAGGACGAGCUCUUCCUCAAUCAGAGCAGGAAGGGCGGAACCCCGCAAUCGACGGUGAUGUUCAGCAACGUGAUUCAGACCUAUCUCGACGACAACCGACGGCGGCGGGUGCGCAAGGAGCGGGUCACCGCCUCGCUGGCGCACAAGGACGAGAUCGAUGAACCCGACGAGACCGACGAGAUGAUCAGCGUCGAAAUGAUGCUGCUGGAUCGGGGCGACGAGGAGAGUAGCCGAUACCAAACGAUCGACCUCUCGUGCUACUCGCUGUCUUCGAACGCGGUCGCACACGUCAUCGCGAGGGAGCUCAACGUCAAGCAGUCCGGCCACGGGCGCAAGGACGAUACCUCCGCCGCCCUCUCGCCGUCGUCGACACUCUUGUCGCCACGGUUUCCGCCGUCCUCAACCCCGUCGUUGCUCUCCAACUCGCGCCUCACCUCCACCCACACCGAUCAAUCGCUCCUCUUCGAGAAAGUGCUUCUCUCCGGCAAUCGCCUCACAUCCGUGCCCGUGAGCGGGUUCGAACCGGGCAGCGAGCGAUGGGAGAAUCUGACGUCGCUCGACCUCUCGAGCAACCGCCUCUCCUCCCUCCCGGCCGCGCUGGGCGACAUCGCGAGCCUGCGCGUCUUGGACCUGCGCUUCAACCUCCUGCAAUCUCUGCCGCCCGAGAUCGGAAAGCUCAAGGUUGGAAUCCUCGUAACUCAUUUCACAGCAGCUGCGGUAAGCACUAACGAGCUGCGAGAGCUGCACUUGAACAAGAACUAUCUCAUGGAGCUGCCGUUGGAAAUCUUCCAGCUGCGGUUGAAGUCGCUCUCGCUCUUCGGCAACCCAAUGCAGAGAAUCAAGAUCAAGAUCUACGAACAAUGCCAGGGCUGGCGCGACACGCUUGACCUCUCCUACGAGCGCAUCGGUUCGGACGAGCUUUCGCAUCUGCCCACGGAUCUCUUUCCCGGCCUCACCCGACUGCGACGCCUGGUGCUCAACCACAACGACAUCUCCCUGCUGUCGUCGGGUGUGGCGCAGCUGGCCUCGCUCGAAGUGCUGGAGCUGGAGGAUAACCGGCUCAACGUGCUCCCCUGGCAAGUGGGCAACAUGCCCAACCUCAAGGUGCUCAAGCUGGACGGGAACCCGUUGACCAAGGUCCCCCUAGAGGUGGCGCGGUCCAAGGGCAACCUACAGAUCUGGCAGCGUUAUUUGGUCGGGCUCAAGGCCCGCAUGGACGAGUCCUACAGAAUGAAAAUGGUGCUGGUAGGUGACCAUGCACUGGACAAGGCCUGCCUUCUGCAGUCAAUCGCGGACUACGUGCGCCCAGCUGCUGUGGAGCGAGAAGCCAGCGAUGACGGUCGUCAGUCCUCGCGGUUCGAAAUGGAGCCGGAGGAAAUGCGCGCCACCGAUCUGGUGAUCAAGGCCAGCACGCGAGGGAUCAACUCCUCCGCCAACGUCGACGUCACGCUCUCGGCUCUGAACAUCACCGGGCUCACGGUGAACGAUCCCACGUACCACUGCUUCUUGGUCAACAAGUGCAUCUACAUGCUUGUAGUCAACAUGCCCGACUUCACGAUCGAGUCUGUCGAGGAGUGGCUGCAGCUGCUUCGCAGCAGGGCGGGCAAAUCGGUCGUGUUGCUGGUGGGCACUCACCCCAACAGCGCGGGCUGCUCGCCGGAGCAGAAGGGAAGGAUCGCCUCCGUCUUCCACAGCAACACGCUCAUCAAGAAGUACCCCAUGAUUCGCAACAUCAUUUCCGUGUGCGGCAAGACCCGGAAAGACAUUGAGCUCUUGGUGCGUACGAUCUAUCAGGCAGUCACCGCACAACCUUACAUGCCCGCCUUCAUCUCACGGGGCGCCGUGCUCUUCGAGGAAUUCCUGGCAUCUGAGAGGAUGGCACGCAUGCCACCGAUCAUGGACUGGGACGAGUAUGUUUCCGUCGCGCACGACUGCGGUAUCGCCCCGGACCAGGUCAUGACCGUGACCAAGCACUUUCACCGGAUCGGCCUGAUCAGCGCCCACACCAAGACGGCGUCUCGAUCGCUGCUCAGUCGGAUGGUGCUGCUCGAUCCCUUGUGGCUCCUCCAUGUCUUCCGUACUGUCCUAUCGGCAUCGACCACUACGACGAAGCAGGGCGUCAUUCGCGAGAAGGAUCUCUGGGACAUGUGGCAGUCGCACGGCUAUGCUCCCGAACUGCAGGAACUGCUGCUUCUGCUAUUGGAACAGUUUGGUCUCGCUCUGCGGUUGGUCCGAUCCACGACCGCGCUCGAAGGUGGUCACCACGCGGCAGCCAAUGACGACACCUCACCGCUCGCCUCAAGCGCCGCAUCCCAGGCCAAGGGCGACGACGCCAAGCGGCGGUACCUGAGCAAGGUCGAGCGCACCAAGCGCAUCGAUUCGCUGGUCGAUCACAGCUGGCAGAACAUGCUCGAGCUGCAGGCCCGGGAGGACGAGCGCGAGAGCAAGGUCCGGGGCGAGAAGAUCAUUAUCCCCUCGCUGCUCUCGACCGCCCAUCUCCCCCUGCACAAGUUCGGGUGGCGGCCCGAGCGCUAUCUCAUCAAGCUCGAACUUCGCGAGCGCAAGCGCUCCAACGCGCCGGCGCUGGCGUUGGCGGGUUCGGCCUCGGCGGCGGGUUCGGCCUCGGCGUCAUUGUCGUCAUCCGUUCGCUAUGUCUCGACGUCGGUGCAGCUGAGGAGAUACCUACCGCUCUUCCCCAAUACGCCUUACCCAAUGCCCUCUUCGUCUUCAUCGUCGACGACCAUGACUGCUUCAUCGUCGACGACGGACCACCACGGCAACGCGCUGACGCCGACGGGGUCCACCGCGCCGCGCACGAUCCAGAACUCGGGCCUCGGCUACCUCUACGGUCCGGCUUACCAGCCGGAGCAGAACAGCUUCCGCCUGGGGGUCUCGCUCGAGGCCAACCAGCUGCUCCAGGCGAUGAUGCCACCGCCGCCGCCGUCGGCCGCCACCCCGAUGGCGUUGUCAGCCGCGGCUGCAGAGUUGGCCGGAGGCAGCGGAGCCAGCGUGCGCUUUCUGGCGUCGUCGUCGACGGCAACGUCGCCACUGCUCAUAGGCGCGUCGUCGUCGUCUUCUUCAUCAUCGAUGCUGGCCGGCUCCACGUCUACCACUACACCUCCGGUCACACCAUCGUCCACCUCGCCGCCCCAGUUCGGCCGGCCCGCGCACUCGCUGUCUCGGUCGCCGCCUCCCCGGUCGCCCUGCCUGUCUGCGUCACCGCCCACGCCGGCGCCCUCGCUUCUGGCCCCGGCGCUGGCCAUCCCACGCCGUGGCGUCGUGCACGAGCUGCGUCGGAGCUAUCGAUUCGACUACCUCCCCGCUGGCUUCUUCUCGCGGCUGCUGGUGCACCUGCUCCAGGUGGUCGACUCGCCGCUCUAUUGGAAGCACGGCAUUGUGCUUCUGCAGUCCAACAACAACACCCGCAGCAAAGCCAACCAACCGUGCGAUGGCAGCAGCGGCGGCAGAUCAUCGUCGGUGGCGAUGGCAUCACCAGCGGCGGCCAGGAUGGCGUCGCCCUCCUUCUCGCUGUCGACAGCUUCGGUGCUCUCGUCAUCGCCGCACAUGCGGGAGCUGCGACGGUCGGGGCUCGACUUCGACAUCUUCCAGAACGGCGGCAGCGGGCGGCGCGGCCAGGGACUCGGCAUCAAGAAGAAGCAGAAAAAGGAAAAGGUCAAGCAGCGCAAGGAAAGCGCUGAGCAGAGCGCGCGGGGCUCGGGCAAGGAGAGCCUCGGCGGCAGCAGGGCCGGACAGCCGGACCUUGACAAGGACAAGCUGAAGGACGAGCAGCGGGCGCUCCUGGAGGAAUUCCCGGAGAAGAGCAUGCUCAAGGUGCAAGUCUACGGAGCCAAUCCGGGCAAGCUUCUACGGCUGAUCGAGGCCAACAUCGAGGAUUUGGCGAUCAACUGGUUCCGGGUCAAAUCGCAGGUGCUGGUGCCGUGCUGCCACUGCAUCGCUCUGCGCAAGCACAAGCUGGCCAAGACCACGCUAUACGCGUCGCAUAAGCUCAAGUCAACGGGGAAGCGUUCGGCGGCCGAUGGCCUUACGCACGAGGACGAGCUCAUCGAGGUCGGCAUGGGCGAGGCGCAGAACGAUGACGACGAGCCGUUCCUGUUCUCACUGGAGGAGUGCCUGCGCGCCAUCACCAAGCGGAGGCGCGUGCUCUACUGCCAAGCCGGACGUCUCGUCCCCAUCGAUAACAGCGCCCGGCAGCGGGGCCGGCGAAAGUCGACGAGCAAGAUCUAUCUCGAGGGCGAGGACCUGCCGGCCGUGCGACUCGACAACCUGGUACCCGACCUCUCGCUGGCCGAUCUCCAAGGGUUCGAGAUCGAUUACUCGGAGAUCAAGAUCAUGUCCCAGAUCGCCCUCGGCCCCUUUGCCGUCGUCCACUCUGCCAUCUACCGCGGAGAAUACGUGGCCGUCAAGGAAUUCCGCAUACUGCCAUCGGACUCGCCGGACGAGGAGUCCCCAUAUGUGUCCGAGGAGGAGAUCCUCUCCGUGUUCAACGAGUUCCGAUCCGAGGCCUGGCUCAUGACGCUGUUGGACCAUCGCAACUUGGUCAAGCUCGAGGGAAUAUGCCGGGGGCCUUUCUCGCUGGUCAUGGAGUUCCUCUCGCAGGGCACGCUCUACGACUACGUCCACGCACGGGGGCAAUUGAGCUGGGACGAGGUACUGAGCAUCGCGCGAGACAUCGCCGAGGGCAUGAACCACCUCCACUCACAUUCGCCGCCCAUCAUUCACCGUGACCUCAAGUCCACCAACGUGAUGUUGUCGAACGGUGUGGCCAAGGUGUCAGAUUUCGGUCUGUCGACGGCGCACUCGCUCUUCGUGAAGGGCCGGGUGGUGGACAAUCCGAUGUGGCUGGCCGUCGAGGUCAUUCGCGGCGAGGCCUUCUCGCUCAAGUCUGACGUCUACAGCUAUGGCAUCAUCCUGUGGGAGCUCAUCACCUGCCAGCCGCCGUUCCGCGAACACCUCGAGGCCAGCAUGUUCUGGUUUGACCUCGAGCAAAAGAUCAUGAACGUUCCUGAGAGCUGUCCUGAGGCCUACGCCGAGCUGAUGCGCGAGUGUUGGAACGAGAAUGUCGGCGUGCGUCCAUCGUUCAACCAGAUCCUCAAGCGCCUGGCGUCGAUGUCGAAGUGCAGUCCGUGCCCUCUGUUCGAGGCAGCCCCAACGCCGGAGAGCGAGCCGGUGUCGGCGCCGGCGCCGCGGUUCGUCCACAUUCCGUCGGCGCAGGCGCUCGUGCCACAGCACCAGCGAGCCAGCGCCAACCCGUUGGCUUCGUCUUCCUAUGCGUCAGCCGGGGCGUCCGCGUGGCACACGGCGAGCAAGCAGCAGGCCAAGGCCAACCUGGUAAUGUCGCUAAAUACUCUCGACAGCGACAACUACUUGAGCCCUCCGGACUCGUCGGCCACCUGGCGUUGCCUGCUUCGCCCAUCCCACUCAGGGGCGGUGCAGUGCCUGCUCGGUGUAGAGGGCCACGUCUGGGCCGGCUGCAGAGAUGGCACCAUUCGCGUGUGGGACCAGUGUGGGAGUGUGGUGUGGGACAUGCGCGCUCACCAUCGGCAACGCAUCAACGCGCUCUCGUUUUGCGGCGGCUACGUGUGCAGCGCGUCAUCUGACCACACCGUGGGGCUUUGGGACGUUCACACGUUUAAGCGCCAUCGGCGCUUGAACGGCCACUGGGAGGAGGUCACAUGCCUAGCCAAUGUCGGGCAGGAACUCUGGAGCGGCUCUCUCGAUGGCUCCAUCCGCGUUUGGUCCAGGAAAUGGUCGUGCCGCCGAAUGCUUGCCUUGGAGAGUCCGGUGCGGGCGAUGCUCGUACACGACGGGCUGGUGUGGGUGGCCACCGACCGCGGAGUCAGCCUAUUCGACGCCAUCAGCACGUUGAAGGUCAACGAAAUUCUGUACAGCAACCAGGAGGUCGGUGAUCGCCUCUGGCAAGGCGCGGUGCGCUGCAUGUGUCGCGUAGACGUCACGGACGAAGUGUGGAUGGGCACCACUGCCGGCCAGCUCUACGUCUUCCGCGUGCGGGACGUCUGGGAAGGCAAGGGAGAGUCGGAGCACAAGACGCCCAACCCGAGCUGGGCCUACCACACGGUGGCGUCGCCGCGACGAGACGACGGCGACGCGAGUGCGGGCAACAGCCCAACGGGGAAGAGGUUGCAGGACGAAACUGGCGGCGGCGAGGAGGAGAGCAGCGGUGACGAGGACAAUGAUCGGCAGGUGACGUCGAUGCUUGCCGUGGGCGGACUGGUGUGGAUAGGCGGGCGCCGAGGUGAUCUCGCCGCCUUCGAUGCCGCCUCCAGGACGCAGCGGCUCCACUUCGACCUGUACCACAAGGACGCGCUCACCUGCCUCUUCGCCGUCCCUCCCAGUGCGAGGAAAGCCGACCGCCUGCCCACCUUCAGAGAGCGACAACACGUUCAGAUGCGCAAGCAGGCCGAACAACAAGACGCGGCGACCAAGGGAAAGCAAAAAGUCGAUGAUGACAACAAUGGCAUCGGCAACAACCACUCCGCCAGCGACAAAGCCGACAAGAACGUUGAGGCCGAGGCUCUCGAAGCAGAGGAGGAAUCGGCGAGCGUCUGGAAGCGAGAAGGCGCGGGCGGCGGCAUCGUGUGGACCGGAUCGUGGGAUCGCGAAGUGAGCCUGAUCAACGUCGAUGACCUCAUCAUGGCCAGCCAAGACGCCGGUGGUGCAGCGACCACCGCGCGAGCCAAGCGCCACGGCGUCUACGCACCGACGGCGUUCCUGCCGGCGUCGUCGCUGCCCGCCCACUUGGGCUUCGUGGGCCGCCACUGA